AUGGGAGACCUGCGCAGAGCGGCACGUGAGCAUUUGAAACGACCGGAUCUCGACGCAAAUCCAGAAUUCGAUCCAACGGACAUUGCAAUACCAGGAGGACUGGAUCUACUACGUCAAGAGCUAUCAUCAAAGGGAAACACAAAUCACUUAGAGACAUGCGAAAACCUCCUUGUUGUCCAGGGAUAUCUCAAGGCCUGGGGGUCGAGAUCCUUAUCAGAGGACGACAAGAAUGCCGCAAAUGACCUGUAUGAUUGGGCAGCUGCCAUUGCUCUUCCAUCCUCUUUAUUUGCGGAGUCAGAGAGUUUGUCAGAAAAAAUCGAUAUAAUAAGGGACAGUCGAUUUAGGUUAACUCUUGCGAUAUCGGUUCUCUCAUAUCUAACAGGUCUCUUGCCAAUACAGAGGGCGUUUAACGCCCCGGACAUUAUCGUUGCGUUGGCGAGCUUUACCUCUGAAAAAGACGCCUGGGUCACCAAGGAAAGCUUCGCAAAGUCCACUACGGUGCUCCAAGCAUACAUUACGGAAAGGAGAUUAGAAAAUGAUCCUUCGCUUUGGUCCAUGAUUGAGUAUAUCCUCAAGAACAGGAUAAAACCCCUCUUCAGUAAAACGAGGAAUCCUGCUAUCACCGCUGCUGGCCGAAAGAACUUCCAUCCUAUUCCUCUACCCCGAUUCGAUAUGAGUGUGUUAGAUCCAGAGACCAAACCAUGGAAGGUCAGUGAUGUAUAUGCAACGACAGUGUUUUCCUGGAUUAUCAUGCAGUAUCUGCCGACGGAUCGGGAUCAUCUGGAGGCGCAUUUCCCACUCCUAGUUCCACCAAUUCUGGCUCUCAUCGAUGAUGAAAGCCUACCUUUCAAGGCGCACGGCUGCAGCCUUCUUUCGCAAUUUCUCAUUCCCAUCCGGGAAAGUGGAUCUGAUAUCCUCCGGCGCUCGAAUCUGUCAUCUGUCUUCGAAGAGGCAGUGACUCCAUGUCUUCUUUCUCUCCCGACUAUAACUCCGGAGGAUGACUCUCUCCAGCUCCUAGGAGUCGCAUACCCUGCUCUUCUGUCUCUCUUGAAGACAAGCUACGGAUAUCCUUCUUAUAAACUGCCACAUCCAAGUUCUCGACACCAGCAGCUAUCAAAGGACAAGCAGAAGUACACAGACAGCGUGACAAAGGUCCUACGGUUCAAUCUCAUCCCAUCAUUCCACCACAUCAGCUCCACAAAUCCCGCAUCCGUCUCAUCUUUCGCAUCAUUCCCAUUCCCACGACUGUCUGCCUUCUUGGUAGAGCAGAUAACUAUAGCAGUCAAUGAACUUCAAAUCCACACAACAAAAUACCUCCAGGAACUCAUUCCACUGCUUUACAGUACGCUUUCCAGUCCAUUCGGAACCGCUUACCCGCUUCUUCUCCUUGCAGCCACAACAGCUACAUGUGCAGUGAUUCUCAAUGCUCAUCCUCGUGUAUGGCGUUGGCGUGGAGAGCUUCUGGGUGGAGCGUGCUCGUGCUGGCUCCAAGUGUCUGAGGAGGAGAAGCGGAUCGCUGAACAGGCUGCAAGGGGGGAAGAGGCCCAACCAGACCGUUCAGGUAGCCAGGGCUUGGUCAAAUUGAGAAUGCAGCUCAGGAGUCUUGUCUACUUGUUGAAGUUUACGCUGUUGAACCCUAUUCCUGUUCAGGGCCAGCUUGAUGCAGGGCAAUUGGAUGCAAAGGAGAAGAUUCAGAAGGAGUUACAGGAGCUUGUUCAUGCGGAUGAUGAUUUGAGGGAUCUCCUUUUUUUCGAGAUUGGUCCCGAUGAUGCUAAUAAGUUCUUCUAAAUUUAUUUCUUCCCACAGGGAGAGCUAGGAGGUAUAAGUAAUAUUUGGUGUUGACCCCUGGUCGCAUAAAUCGCUUAAUUAGCUGGUUUAGUAGUUGGUGCUCGAUCCCUGAGUCCUCUGUUAACCCGAGGGGCAUCCUAGACGCU